AUGGAGCCCCGGAACCCCGGAGAGCCCCAAGAAUCGCCGCCUCAUCUCAUCUGCCGGAUCGACAGUCUCCACGUGACAGGGCCGAGCCAUCGGAAAAUCAGCCGUUCUACAAUAUGGAAGAGCAUAAAAAACAUCACUUUUCAAGGAGACACUUUUGAACCCGAGGGGAUCGUGCGGCUUGGUCAUGAUCGAUAUGUGGUUAGUUCAGGGCAUUGGACAGAGCCCACGAAAAAGUAUGGAAAGAUCAUCAACGGGACAGACAGAAGUGCUGGUGCAGGCUUGUCGCAUUUGAUGGUUUAUAAUGGAAAGGGAGAUAUGAUCGCUGACGCGACUAUUACGAAAGAGGGAGACGAUGAGUAUCAUAAUGGAGGGAUUGACUAUGAUGGUCAGUAUAUCUGGGGAACCAUUGCGCAGUAUCGUCCAAACAGUACUGCGUACGUAUAUCGAACAGACCCAACGACACUUGUUCCAGAGCUUGUCCUCAGCUACAACGACCAUCUUGGUGGUAUCGUCCAUGACACUCGCGCCAAUCUCAUCACUGCUUUCAACUGGGGUUCGCGAACAGCAUCAACAUGGAAUCUUCGAACUGCCAAAACAGGCUGCGACGCAUCUCCUUCCCCAGAAAAGGUCGUGCAGAAUCCCAGCCACUUUAUCGACUACCAAGACUGCAAAUGGCUUGGGUACAGUGGUUUUUACAAUGGCAAGAGUGUUAUGCUCUGCUCUGGAGUGGCGGCCAUCGGCGGGUAUAAUCUCGGUGGUAUUGCCCUGGUGGAUGUCAAGACUAUGAUUCCUCUUGCUGAAGUACCGAUCGAGAUGGAGAGCGAGUUGGGAGUCAGGGUGACGCAGAACCCGAUGGAUGUUGGUGUGGAAGAUGGAAAGUUGAGGCUUUAUCUAUUACCGGAUCAACAUAAUAGUACAUUGUAUAUUUACGAAGCGCAAGCAUAG